AGAGAGAGAGAGAGUCUGUAAGUCCUUCUGUUCUGCAGUUUCCUUAGACAGCGGGAGGAGUGAGGGGCGGUACGGCACUGCCCAGAGAGGAGGAGAGAGAAGGAGGCGGUGGCAUGGCGUGGAGGCAGCUAUGCACCGCGCCCCGCGCCUCCCUGCCCCCGCCUCGCUAGGUGAGCCGGGCAGCCAAGCGCCAGGACCAUGGCCAUGGGCACCUUGGGGAAGGCGAGAGAAACUCCGCGGAAGCCUCCCCAUGGCUGCAAUGCUCCCCCAAAAGCAAGACUAGAGGUGAAAACAAGCAAUCCUCUCCCCUCUCAUCCCAACUUGGCCCAGAUCGCUCAGUUCCGAAUGAUGAUGUCGCUGGGACAUUUAGCUAAAGGAGCUAGCCUGGACGAUCUCAUUGAGACGUGCAUCCAGUCUUUCGAUACAGAUGGCAAUCUGUGUCGGAGUAACCAGCUGCUACAAGUGAUGCUAACAAUGCACCGUCUCCUCAUCUCCUCUACCGACUUGCUCCAAAAACUCAUCGCAUUAUAUAAGGAUGCUUUGGCCAAGAAUUCACCUGGCCUUUGUUUGAAGAUCUGCUAUUUUGUAAGAUAUUGGAUAACAGAAUUCUGGGUCAUGUUUAAAUUGGAUGCCAGCUUGACAAACACUAUGGAGGAGUUUCAGGAAUUGGUCAAAGCUAAUGGUGAGGAGUUACACUGCCGCCUAAUUGAUACAACUCAAAUCAAUGCUCGAGACUGGUCUAGGAAGCUUACUCAACGGAUAAAGCCCAACACCAGUAAGAAACGGAAAGUCUCACUUCUCUUUGACCAUCUAGAGCCAGGAGAGCUGUCUGAACACCUGACUUACCUUGAAUUCAAAUCCUUCCGAAGGAUCUCGUUCUCAGAUUAUCAAAAUUACAUUGUGAAUAGCUGUGUGAAAGAGAAUCCAACCAUGGAGCGGUCCAUUGCCUUAUGCAAUGGCAUUUCCCAAUGGGUACAACUGAUGGUACUCAGUCGUCCCACCCCACAGCUCCGGGCUGAAGUCUUCAUCAAGUUCAUCAAGGUGGCUCAGAAACUCCAUCAGCUGCAGAACUUUAACACAUUGAUGGCCGUGAUUGGAGGACUGUGUCACAGCUCCAUCUCCAGGCUGAAGGAGACAAGUUCCUAUGUCCCCCAUGAAAUCAACAAGGUACUUAGUGAAAUGACUGAGCUACUGUCCUCCUGUAGAAAUUAUGACAACUACCGGCGAGCCUAUGGGGAGUGCACCCACUUCAAGAUUCCUAUCCUAGGUGUACACCUUAAAGACUUGAUCUCCCUGCAUGAAGCCAUGCCUGACUACCUAGAAGACAGGAAGGUGAAUUUUCACAAAAUGCUGGCCCUCUACAACCACAUCAAUGAACUGGUCCAACUGCAGGAGGUAGCGCCACCCCUGGAAGCCAAUAAGGACUUGGUGCACUUGCUAACGCUAUCCCUGGAUCUCUACUACACUGAAGAUGAAAUCUAUGAGCUUUCAUAUGCCCGAGAACCAAGAAAUCACAAAGCCCCACCUCUAACACCUUCGAAGCCUCCUGUUGUAGUAGAUUGGGCAUCAGGAAUAUCUCCCAAACCUGAUCCAAAGACCAUCAGCAAACACGUGCAGAGAAUGGUAGAUUCUGUUUUCAAGAACUAUGAUCUUGAUCAAGAUGGAUAUAUUUCACAGGAAGAAUUUGAAAAGAUUGCUGCCAGCUUCCCCUUCUCCUUUUGUGUGAUGGAUAAAGACAGGGAAGGCUUGAUCAGUCGGGAUGAAAUUACUGCCUACUUCAUGAGGGCCAGUUCGAUCUAUUCCAAGCUGGGUCUCGGCUUUCCUCAUAACUUCCAGGAGACAACUUACUUAAAGCCUACCUUCUGUGACAACUGUGCUGGAUUUCUCUGGGGAGUGAUAAAACAAGGUUAUCGGUGCAAAGAUUGUGGGAUGAACUGCCACAAACAAUGCAAGGAUCUGGUUGUGUUUGAGUGCAAGAAGAGAUCCAAGAGCCCAGCUUUGCCUGCAGAGAACAGCACUUCUGCAGGGCUAGCAUCUACCCUCUGCCCUCUAGGGAUCAAAGAUCCACAACAUGGACCCGAGGAAGGACCUUUCCUAGUGAAUGGGGAGACAGUGGAGCACAAUGAAGAGAGCAAAGAUCGGACAAUCAUGCUGAUGGGUGUGUCUGCUCAGAAGAUUUCUGUCAGACUGAAACGGGCCAUGGCUCACAAAGGCACACAGACAGAAUCAGUCUCUUGGAUUGGCCAUGAAAGUUCUACUGGCUCAUACCUACUGUCUUCCCCAAGAAAGACAACCCAGGACACUCUUUAUUUGCUGCCCAGCUCCAUGUCUCCCUGUCCCAGCCCGGUCUUGGUCCGCAAGCGGGCUUUUGUGAAGUGGGAGAAUAAGGAAUCCAUCACAAAAUCAAAGGAGGAUCUCCGACACCUCCGACUCCCCACCUACCAGGAUCUGGAGCAGGAAAUAAAUACUCUGAAGGCAGACAACGAAGUUCUAAGGACUGAACUAAGGUUUGCACAGAAGAAGAUCGAGUCCCUUCGGCUUGAAAGAACCAACAACCAUGUCCUGAGUCAUAGGGAACAUCAAGAUUGUUCCUAGCCCUGAAGCUAGGAGAUCAUAGGAGUCACAUCAUAGAAAAAGGUAGACCUCAACUUUCUCCAGAGCUGCCAAACACAAGGGAAAGAUUGUUCAUCAAAAAACAGAUACCCUCAGCUCUUUUUUCCCCAUUCAUUUGAGGAGGAAGUAUAUUUUCAAUGGGGUUUUAUCCAGAGAUGUUCUCUUCCAUGUCUCCUGGCUAAAGAAAAAAAAAAAAAAAAAAAAGCUAGAUGACAUCUGUACUCAGUACAAAAGAUCUCCUUCCACCACGAUCCUCCCCCUCAGCUCCAAUGUCAGUCCAGAGGAGUUUAAAGUCUGGCUACAGGACCUUGACAAGGCUCACAACCCUUAUCUGAAAUAUUGCUCUUAUGACCUCAAAUGAUUUCUGCAUCCUUCCAACUAAAUUCUAAACUCAGCCCUAAGAAGACUCUUAAAAAAAAAAAAAUUAUCUUCCCUACUUUACCUGAGAGCAAGAUUCAUUUUGUUCUACCUAUUCAACUUGCUUCCAAUCUACAACAGUUCCCUUUCCAUCAGAUAUGAUGAAAAAAAUCCGUUAAUCAAUAGACUAGGCUUCUCCUAUCCCUUCCUCCUCCAAUCCUGGCACCUAUAAUUUCAGUGGACUAUAGGAAUCAUCUCAACACCAUUAAUAUCAUGUCUUUGAAAAAGACUGGGCAACCACUUUGUCUUUGGGUGUCCACAGGUUUCCAGUAGAGUAACCAUUCUCUUCCUCUCUCACACUUACAAAUCUCACUUCUCAGUCCCUAACAUUUUACUGAAAGUGGGCUAAUUUGCUCUCAUUUUAAAAGCCUGUUACCAAAAUAUCACUAUGUGCAAUUGGGAGAUCAUUAUCUCAGCUAUCUAUCUAGCCUUUAUGAUAAUCAUAAUCAGAAUAGAGAUUGUCAUCAUACUCCAUGACUACCGAUUUUGUAGAGUGUUCUAAGAUUUACAAAGCACAAUACAUAUUACAUAAAAAUUAUUCAUCAUUACUUUUGGGGUAGAAAUGUUAAAACUAGAAGGACCUGAAAGACCAUCUUUUCCAGUUCUUUAGUUUUUCAGAGGAAAGAAAACAAGGUUCAGAUAGAGAAGUCUUUUUUCAGGAUCACACAACAUGGUGAACUGUAACUAAAAUUGGCUUUCUGUAGGUUUCUUUCCAGUAUGCCAUAUUGGACAAAUCUGUAGAAUAGAUAGCAUAAGAAUUAUGACCUACAUUCUACAGAUGAAGAAAUGGAAUCUCAGAUUUGACUUCCUUGAAAGUUAUAUACUUAAAAGUGGCAGGGCCAGAUAAAACUUCUAAGUCCAUUGCUAUCAAAUUAAAUUCCUGAGAUAGAUACCCAUCAUGGCUUAAGUGUAGCUGAAAUAAACAAAAUACAUUGUCUCCAUGUAUUUUUGCAUUUGGUAAGAGCAUGGAUUUACAUCAUACUGUAGCUAGAAAAUAUCUUUUUUUAAAAAGUAAUCUUUUCUGUUUAAUUUUUAAUUCAAGGAAAUCUUUGAAAGUUCAGCUAAUCAUGACAAAAUCCCUUCCUUUUUGUUUCAAUGUAUGUUUUGGGGAAAGAGUAUACCUUCUCAUUAGUGAAACUGUUUGAGGUAUAAGCUAAGUAGAUGAAUAGUUUCAGUAAUGGCUGAUAUUGUAAAUAUGUAUACUUUGUGUAUAGAAAAUAUGUCUGCAUGUGGGCUGUUUUUUUUUUUUUCUGUGUAAAAAUGUGAAUGUGAAAUAUGUAUAAUUUUUGGACAUUCUUAUAUUAAUCCCAAACACAGCAAGGUAGUCUGAAAUCAGAAAACAGUAAAACAUCUUGCACACAGAAUUUAUAGUUUUGUUACACUUUCAUGCAAAGCAUGGUAAUAUACAUUUUUAUUAAGUUGAUUUUAGCAAAAGUUGCAUUGAUAUUGUCCAUAAUUUUGGAAUUUUGUAUCAUUCAACUUCAUUAGUCUGGUUCCUCUGAUCAAGGGUUUCCAAAUUCCUAUUUUGGUUCCUUUUCACUCAUCCAAAUGAGAAUUUGGCUUUAUCUUUUAUCAUGAGAUAGCUUUCACUUUUAAACUUUGAAUGCUGUUUCCCAAAUCCAUCCUCAUUGGUCAAAGCUAACAUUUCCAGAUGACAUCAUUUAUUUGAGUACUGGAAAAUUAGUUGGAUAGGAGGUAACUAAUUUACUACAUUUUCCCACAACCACUAAGCCUGCAGGGGUUGAAUUUUUUUUAUCAUCUUAUCAUGUACAUCCCUUUAGCAGUAAUGGCUGAUCCAAAAGACCAAUUCUUGGAAUAAUGUUUCAAAAUGAAUUAAAAUAUGGAAACCAAUUAAAUUGAAAUAGUUAAGCAAAAUACUUACUUAAAAAAACCUAGUUCAUAGGCUAAGGUCAAAAUUUCUGUGCAAAGAAAGCUUGGUAGUCUUGUUUACAUUAAAUCUUAUAAAGUUGUGGAAGCUACAGGAUUGAAAUGUGGAACAACAAUUUGGUUAAAACCUGCUUUACCACGAUUUAACCACCUCGGGUCUUAAAUGUGUGAUUAUUGUAGAUGUUUAUUCUCAGAACAGUGUCAGUUAGUAGGUAGUCUCAUUUCUCAUUGGUAUUUGUUAACUCUCCCUUGUUGUAAUUUGUAAACCUGUCCAAAAUUGUAUAUGUAAAAGAACUGACAGAAACCAAAUGUACAGAUUGUAAAGUCUUUUGAUACCUAAUGUAAGUUUUCUUUGUUUAAUAUUUAUAUGAUAAACGAUAUUAGGACCAUCA